AAAUUGCAACCCAGUUCAGGAAAUAUUUUGAAUAGUCCACUGUCUAAAAGCUUUUGCGAUGAGGUAAAGCUUGCGCUUAGUUGGAAACGCACCGCUGGAGCGGCAAGACACAAUAAGAAUCAUUCUAGGCGUGCAGUAAAACUCAAAAUUGCAAUCACAACUUUAAGGAAAAAACUGCAAUAUCUACCGCUAGUUUGUUUGUAAUUAAAUUCUCGCAAUCAUGAGCAAGCAACUUACUCGAAAUGUUCGCCAAUUGAAGACGCUGCUGCCAGUGGCAACGGCUAACGCAGCAGGAGGCACGCACAACAAUUACUUCACCUAUGUGAAUGAACUGUCUCAUCCGCUGCCACGCGAACCGCCAAUUGUGUCGGCCGAGGAAGCUGUUGCCUGCAUCAAGUCUGGUGACACAGUCUUCGCGCAGGGAGCUGCCGCCACGCCUGUGACAUUGCUUAACACCAUGUCACUGUAUGGCAAGUGCAACAAAUUGAAGGACGUAACGGUCUGUCAUAUGCACACGGAAGGCCCAGCCGAGUACUGCAAGCCGGAGUAUGAGGGCAUCUUUCGUUCAAACUCCUUCUUCAUGGGCGGCAAUGUGCGCAAGGCCGUUGCCGAGGGACGUGGAGAUAAUAUGCAUAUCUUUUUGCAUGAAAUUCCUCAGCUCUUCAGCAAGAAAAUAGUUCAGCCCGAUGUGGCCUUCAUACACGUGUCGCCGCCAGAUAAUCACGGCUUCUGUUCGCUGGGCACCAGCGUCGAUUGCGUUCGUACAGCGUUGCAGCAUUCCAAGAAGAUUGUUGCUCAAAUCAAUCCCAACAUGCCGCGCACCUUCGGCGAUAGUAUCAUACACAAGUCGCACUUCGAUUUCGCCAUUGAGGUAAACGAUAAACUACCUCAGCAUGGCACCGGCAAGCUUUCGGAUGUGGAGCAAAAGAUUGGCCAAUUGAUAGCUGAGAAUUUGGUGAAGGAUGGAGCCACACUUCAGAUGGGCAUUGGCAACAUUCCGGAUGCCGUACUAAACGCCUUGCACAAUCACAAAGAUCUGGGCAUACACUCGGAGAUGUUCGCCAAUGGUGUCGUAGAACUGGUCAAAAAAGGUUGCGUGACCAACAGCAAAAAGACUAUGCACAAGGGACGCAUUGUCGGCUCUUUCCUAAUUGGUGAUCAGCCCCUCUACGACUUUGUCAACAAUAAUCCUUUCAUCGAAAUGUUGGCUAUUGACUAUGUGAACAACACGAGUGUUGUCAAGCUCCAGCCCCGCAUGACGGCUAUCAACAGCUGUAUUGAGGUGGAUUUGACUGGCCAGGUGUGCUCGGACUCAAUUGGUACGCGUUUCUAUUCUGGCUUCGGUGGCCAAGUGGACUUCAUACGCGGGGCAGCUGAGGCCGUUGAUGGCCAGGGCGUGCCAAUCAUAGCCAUGCCAUCGACCACCAACAAAGGAGAGAGCAAGAUUGUGCCUUUGCUUAAGCCAGGAGCUGGUGUUGUCACCUCCCGUGCUCAUGUUCAUUACUUGGUCACUGAACAUGGCAUUGCCUCCUUGUUUGGCAAGAAUGUGCGCCAGCGCAUGUACGAACUGAUUAAUGUCGCCGAUCCCAAGCACCGCGAGUCGCUCGAGAAGUCAGCCUUCGAGCGGAUCAAGGCGAUGCCCUGUGCCAACUAAGCACCACAGCAUCACUGACGGCAACAGCGACUGCACCGCCUAAUCCUAUCUAAAGAUAUUUUGAAAUUAGAAUGGCUCAGAACAUUUUCUUAAAAGCAUACCCGCAGCGGUUUCCUUUUUUAGAAAUGUUUUGAAACUAUUUUUACAUCCAGAACUUUACCCCUAUAUAGCUAAGAAAUUCUACAAAGUGAAAUCAUUAAAGGCAAUGUUAACUCCCUAAA